AUGGAUAUACUUGAACCUAAGAUAGAUCUGAACAAUGAAUACAACAUGGAUAUACUUGAAUCUAAGAUGGAACUGAACAAUGAAUACAACAUGAAACUGGAUAUACUUGAAUCUAAGAUAGAACUAAAUAAUGAAUACAACAUGAAUAUACUUGAACCUAAGAUAGAACUGAAUAAUGAAUACAACAUGGAUAUACUUGAACCUAAGAUAGAACUGAACAGUGAAUACAACAUGAAUAUACUUGAACCUAAGAUAGAACUGAACAGUGAAUACAACAUGAAUAUACUUGAACCUAAGAUAGAACUGAACAGUGAAUACAACCUGAAUAUACUUGAACCUAAGAUAGAACUGAACAAUGAAUACAACAUGAAUAUACUUGAACCUAAGAUAGAACUGAAUAAUGAAUACAACAUGGAUAUACUUGAACCUAAGAUAGAACUAAACAGUGAAUAUACAACCUGGAUAUUCUUGAACCAAUGA